UUCGGUAGCAUUCGUCACAAUUUUGACACCUUGUCUCUUUCACUCAGUAAAGGAAUGAAAUUCAUGAAAAUAGUGUUUAACUUCAGUGAAAUUUGUACAUUUAUGUUAUAAAAAUAAAAUAAUUUAAGCGUUGAUAAAACAUAAACAAUGCCCACAUAAAAGUUUUGUAAUACUAAAAGGUUAUUUAUAUUAUUGAUCGUUAGUUCAUUGUUAGAAGAUCGCACAAGGUAAUUGUCUUAUUGGUUUGAGACAAAAGGCAGAAGCUUCGUCCUUCACACAUUAAAAUAUCGUUAUCAAUGCACGUAACCGAUCGGUUUAGUUAGAGGUGAUUAUUGAAGUAACAAAACAGUGCAUGUAAGUACUAAGACAGAGCACGUCACUUGUAAUAUCACAAUUAAAAGACGUACAUAUCACUAAUUUUGGUCUACUCUCCGCUGGUGGUGGUUCUUUCGCUUUCUGCUACAAAUUAUUACAGUUAUCAGGUAAAAAAACAAGCUUACUAAUGGGUGAUAACAUAUAUUAGUUUUCAUCAUGGCUAAUGUAAAAAAUAGAGUCAGCUCACCAAAACCUACUUCAAACCGAAUUAAAGGGGGUGGUAAAAUUGGUAAACUGAAAAAAAUAUUAACAGGUAAUAACAAUGACAAGACACGAUCGGCUAUCAAAAGUGCUAAAAAAUCUAAUGAUAAAAUAAACUAUCCUGAAGACAGUUUAAUAAAAAAUAAAUUAAUUGACUCAGUGCUUAUAAGGGAUUCAAAACUUAGAAGAGAAAUUCAACUGUCAAAGGAUUCAUUGUUGACGAAGAAUGGACGUAUUAGACAUAACAACAAAGAUAAUUUAAGAAUUUGUAAUAAUAUAUUAAAAAGUGAACUGUUGAUUGAUGACAAUAAAGAAAAACAAUCAAAUGUAAAACAAAAAAAUAGCUUGAACAAUAACAACUUAAUUGUAAACAAUCAAAAUGACAAUGAAAAAAACUCAACAACAAAAGAUUCCAUAACUAAAAAGAUUUUGGAAAAAAAAUCUGAUGAUAAACAUAGUGAUUUAAAAAAAAGUAAACCCAAAAAAAGCAACAAUUUAGCUAAAAAGCAAAAGAAAAAAUACAUUAACAGAAGAAAGCCUAAAAAAGGAAUUUUUGAAUGUGAUUACUGCCAUAAACAAUUUGAUACUAAAUCAUCAAUAAGGAGGCAUAUGUAUUUACAUCUUCACUUCAAGACAUAUCCUUGUAAGCAGUGUAAGAAGGUCUUUCACAAACAAUUAUAUUUGUCUGCUCAUAUAACAAGGCAGCAUCCCAAUUGGGAGCAACACUAUAUGUGCAAUGUUUGUGAUAAGCCAUUUUUAUUAAAAGAAAAUUUAGCUGUUCACUUGGCAAGCCAUACCAGCCUAGAAACCAUGUUUAAAUGUAUCUAUUGCAAAGAAAAGUUUUCCCACCAGAAUGAUUUAGUUAAUCAUGAAAAAAAACAUUUAGUUAGUGGACGUUAUGAUUGCAUUAUAUGUGAACAGAGCUAUGAUUGCAGAAACAAAUUAUCAAUGCAUUUUAAAACACAUUUAAGAGUUAAAGAUUUUAUUUGUCAGCAUUGUGGUAAAGAAUUUCUGCGAAUGAAUUCUAUGAGGCGUCAUGUUCAAAUUUGUCAUGCUGGCUUAAGAAUUCAAUGUACUAUAUGCAAGAAGUUCCUCAAAGGUCAUUUGUCAGAGCACAUGCGCACUCAUGAGAAGAAACGUCCCCAUAAAUGUCCAGAUUGUGGACAAUGUUUUACUCAAUCUACUCAACUAACUGUACAUCGAAGAUCCCAUUCAGGAGCACGUCCAUAUCCUUGCAGGAUUUGUAAUAGACCAUUCUCUCAUUCCAAUGCCCUCAUGUUACACAUUCGGAGGCACACAGGUGAGAAGCCUUUUGAUUGUGCAAUGUGCCCCUUGUCUUUUUCACAAUUACCUCACAUGAAAGCUCAUAUGCGGAAAAUUCAUGGCAAAGAAAAUCCUUACAGAUGCAAAAAAUGUAAGCAGUUCUUUAAGCUAAAAAUUGAACUUGAAAAUCACACUAAAAAUUGCAAAUUUGGUGAAAGGGAAUUAUCAUUUGAAGAAAAAAUUCAGGCAUCAGUACAAAUAGAAGAGGAAGAAGUUGUGGAAUCAGUGAUGAGCUUAUCUCGUAUGAGAUUCCUAUUAGCUCUUCUUCUGACUAUGAUUGCUACUAAAGAGAAACUAAAAUACUUAGGUUUCAACAAACGUUUGAUAGACGAUUUAUUAGUGGAAUCUCUUGAAGCUAUGGGUCACACUCCAUGCAAAGAUGAAUCUCUAGCUCCAUUAAAACGUCUAAAAACUAAUAUUGAGACACUAUUAAAUGGAACAGUACCAAAGGAGCAAAUGGUGAAGUUUCGGAAAGAGAACAAAAGUAUGGAAGAUAUAUUGGAACUCCUUACUAACGAAAAGAAAUAGGUAACAAUAAAUUGAGGUAGAUUCAAUUUUGAAAUAUCAUAUUUAUUCAAUAUUAUAAUAUACAUAAUAUGCUGUAAAAUAAGUGGAUGUUGAUGAUUUUAUAACAUUUACAUGUUAUAUAUGAUAUAUAAUUAUAUAAAGUAAUUGUGUCCAAUCACCUAUUUAUUUUGCACCAGUAUACAUCACAUUACAUUAAGAAUUUUAUAUUUGUAUUGAUAAAUAAGCGGAAAUUUUGUAUGUUUUAUCUGUAGAAUUUGCAUACGAAAUAGUUAUAGGCAUUUUAUAAUUGAUAGACAAUAGUUUUGAAAUAGCUGGGCUAUUAUAAUUGGCUGAUUGUAAUUCACAAUAAUAAAGUCUUACUGACUUACUAAUUCCAUCCAAAAAAUUCAUGAAAUAAUGAUGCAUGAAAGCUUACAUUUUCGAAGUCUAUCCAAAAUAUUUUUAUUAAGUGUUUUAAAGCAUGAAAAGUAUGUAAGUGUAAUAACAUUUUUAGAAUUUUGGUUAAAGAUAAUGUUUAAAAAUAAGACUUGCCAUUUUAAACAAAAAGUGAUUAUUCCAAAGCUCAUAAUUUAUUGCAUUUUAAUUUUAUUUAAUUAAGAUAAACUAAUUUGACUUUCAUUUACUAAUAUUUUGUUUACUAUAUCAAUUAUAGAUUUGGUAAUAAAAAAUUAUCCCAUACCAUAUUCAAUUAUUUCACAGUUUAUUUACCCACCUGAAUAUUUUAUUCUAUCAUAAUAUCUUAUUCUCUCCUUCUUAUUUUGCGUCUCAGACCGCGGAGUAAGGUAUUAACUAAAUAUUUGAAAAUGGAAGUCAGGAAUAAUUAUACAGAUUAAAAAAAAUAUUUUUAAUUUAAAAAUUUUAGGAUGUUUGUGCCAUUAUUUGUUGUGAUUGCAUGUUUAAUAUAUUUUUAGGUAAAAAAUAUGUUUAAUAUUGAAAAUUUUAUUUGAUAAUAAUACUAAAUGUUUAUGUUAAAAUAUGAUGAUUGUUUUUUGUUUUAGUUUUAUUUUUGUACCAGUGCCAUUCCUUGUUUAUUUUAAAAUAAUAAAAAGGUACUACAUUUCAUUUCAAUAAAAUGAGAUGCAGAUAAUUGAACUAAUUUAAAUUAUAAUAAUAUUUCUAUUCACCAUUUUAUUUAUAUUAUUUUUAAUUUAUUUUCUCAUUGAAUGGCUUAAAAAAUAUUGAAAUGGACUGAAGGACCUAGAUUUAAUUUGAGUAGGAUAUCUGUUGGCAUAUCAAUGUAUGCAUGUGUGUUAAGGCAAUGGUGUAUGGGCUACUUUAUAUUUUUAAUAGAAUACUAAUUGUCACGAUAGGUCUUAUCAAUAAUUAUUGGUACCUACUUUAAUAAUAAAUUAUAUAUAUAAUAAAUUAUUAAAGUAGGUACCAAUAAUUAUUGAUAUAAAUAUGCAAUAGCUUACAUACAAAUAGUUGCAACUUCUAUAUGUUAUCCUAUUGCCCUUUUUUUGUAUUAGAUAUUGACAAACAUUUAUUAAUUAAAUGUUUAUAUUAUUUUUAUGUAUAUAUAUAUAUAUUAUAAUUAAUUAUAUGUAUCUUUCUCUAUAAACAUUAAACAACACAAAGAUCUUAAACAAGGUAAGACACUUAAUUUUCUUUCGUUUAAUUGUUUUCGAUCCUAUGACGUUAUUGGAUGACAUAUUAAAUCAUACAAUUAAGUAUCAAAGAUGCCGUUGAGCGUUUUCUUUAAAACCACUGAUAGGAAAAUUGUUUUUUUUUUUUUUUUAUUUUUUUUUAUAUUAAUUGAAAAUUCAUUCAUAAGUGUUAAUUAUAAAUUUGUUAUAAAAAAUAUUAUUUUAAUUUGUAAGAGCAGUUAUAUUACAUAUCAUUGUUUUAAUUGUGGGUUAAAUGCACUCAGUCUAAAAGCCACGCGCAGCCCAAGCAUUAUAAUAAUAUUGUGUGUCCCACAAUCGGUGAAAUAUUAUGAUAAAACUUAGAUUGCCGAUUCAGAUUCAGAUCAGUUCACAUACGUAGCAUAUCCGAGCUUUUGUGGCUAAGCGUCUUUACUCUUUAUUUUAAUUAAUUAUUUAUUUCGUAUUCAUUCAUUAAAUAUUGGUCGGGAAUCGAAAUAAACGCUUAACGGCGAUAAAAUCUUUGUUACAUAAAUAAGUUGAUAGCUAGAGAAACUUUAGACGUACGUAUUUACCUAAUAUUGCCUAAUAUGUAGUUAUUAUUCAAUCCUAUCUUAAUCGCAGUAAACUACUCUUAAAUAUAAUCUUAGGGAUUUCAUGAAAUUGUUCGAAUCCUAAUAAGUAAAACAUGUAAUUUAUCAAGAAUUCUUUUUUAUUAUUUAGCAUACGAAUUGGCAUUUGAUACACAUUCAAUUUAAUUAUAACACCUAAUUAUUAAUUAAUUUAACAAUACGAUGUAAUUUAAAACUGUAUUUAAGUUAAUAAGCAUAAGAUAUUAUGUAUGCAAAGAUUAUAUAUUUGCAAUGUUUAAAUGUCAGUAUCGUGACAAGAAUAAUCAUAAGCUUAAUAACAUCUAUCAGAACUGGCUAGAUGAUAAUGGCGGCUCGGACGAUAUAUAUUUUUUUAAAGAAAUAAGUAGUUGAAAAGAGUUUAACAAAUAGAGAAAUUAGCGAUAAAAAUGUCUUGUACCGGCUUAAAGUUUUAUUAAGGAACUAAAUUGUUGAUCAGACACCCCUUUGGCCUCUUUGGCCGUGGCCCCCGGGUCGCCUGUACCUAACGCCGCUACUGGCAUUAAUUAUGUUUAUGGUACAAUACGUUAUGAGGUAAUUUCUUUCUUGCCAAUAUUUUUGUUAAUCGGUUUACAAAGUGUGGAGCCAAAGAAAUAUUUAGGCGUUAUCUAUGGAUUUUUCAGAAUUAGGCUUUGGCGUUGUUAUGUCGUGUACUUUUAUUUAUUUCGUUAGCAUACAAAAAGUCAUUAUUGUUAUGACAAUAUUGUAUAUCCAGUAUUUUUAAAAUGCCGGCUGAUUUACCAAAGAAAACACCAAGUACUAAAAUAAAUAUAAAUGUA